AUGCAAUAGGAUUAAGUGUAAACAAAUAAAAGAAUCUAAUUCUAAGAAAUAGUAGAUAAGCAUUUUGAAGACUCAUUGCCAUUGUUCAUGGAUAUCCUCAGAGUACCCAGUCAAUCUAGAGAGUUCGAUCCUGAGUAUUUGACCAAUGGAUUGCUAUUACAAACAGCCAAACUAUUCAAAGAGUUGGUGGAGAAUUUAAAAUUGAAAAACGCAAAAAUUGAUUUGUUUACAGAUGAAGGAUUAUCUCCUUUUUUGUUUGUGGAAGUAGAAGGCACAGAUGGAGGUGCAGAUGGCACAGUCUUGUUUUAUGGUCAUAUGGAUAAGUAGCCUCCAUUUACAGGAUGGAGAGAAGGACUGUCAGCAUAUGAUCCAAAAAUAAUAAAUGAUAAACUCUAUGCAAGAGGAGGAGCAGAUGAUUCAUAUUCGGUUUUGGGAUCUGUCAUUGCAAUGAGAACAAUUCAAGAUCUAGGAUUAAAGCAUCCUAGAGCUGUGAUGAUAUUUGAGGCUGACGAGGAGAGUGGAUCAGAUCACAUAGAACAUUACUUGAAUAAAUUAAAAGACAGAAUCGGAAAUGUUGAUUUGAUUGUAUGUUUAGAUUCAGGUUGUGGAAAUUACGAUUAAUUCUGGUCAACUACAACACUAAGGGGAUUGGUUGGAGCAAAUGUUACAGUAUAAGUACUAAACGAAGGAGUCCAUUCUGGAGAUGCCUCAGGAGUAGUACCAUCCUCUUUCAGGAUUUUCAGAUAAUUAUUAAAUAAAAUUGAUGAUCCCAAAACAGGAGAAGUAGUUGAUGAUUUUCAAGUGACUAUUCCAGGAGAACGAUACAUCCAAGCUUAGAAAACAGCUGCUGUUUUUUCAGAAGGAUUAAUCAAUAAGUUUCCUUUGAGUGCUAACACACAACCAGUCUCUCCUGAUCCUUUCAAAGCAUAUAUCAACAAAGUUUGGAAAGCUUAACUUGCUAUUAUUGGAGCUGAUGGACUUCCACCUGCAUAAACUGCUGGUAAUGUAUUGAGACCUGAAACCACUUUGAAGGUAUCGGUUAGGUUACCUCCAACUAAGGAUCCAAAGGAGGCUGAAGAAUCAUUAGUGAGAAUUUUAACAACCAAUGUUCCUUAUGGUGCUACAAUCAAAAUUGAAGGACUCAAUUCAGGUGCUGGUUUUAAUGCUUUGGAUAAUAAGCCUUAUCUUGAUCAACUCAUCAACGAUGCUUCUAAUCUAUUUUAUGGAAAGGAGUCAGUUACCUUUGGUGAGGGAGGAUCCAUUCCCUUGAUGAACACUUUGUAAUAGCAAUUCCCAAAAGCACAAUUCAUAAUUACAGGAGUCUUAGGUCCUAAUUCAAAUGAACAUGGUCCAAAUGAAUGCCUAGACUUGCCUUACACUAAGAAGUUGAUUAGCUGUAUUGCCUAUAUUGUUAGUGGAGCUCAAGAACACUUAAAAAAAUGA